UCCACAAACGAAGUGGGCCAGUUGGAAGAGCAAUCGCCAAACAUAAGUCUAACGAACAGAUUAAGAAAUGGGAAAAGGCUCUUGAAAGUGCAGGCAAUCUGGUUGGGUGGGAUCUGAAAAACAUUGCUAAUGGGCAUGAAACUGAAGCCAUCAAAAAAAUUGGUGAAGAGAUUUCACUCAAGUUACGUUCCAUUCAUUUGAGCAAUGAUGAAAAUCUGAUAGGCAUGGACCGCAGGAUGCAAGAGCUGGAGUCGUCUUUGGGGAUCGGUUUGAACGAUAAAGCACGCAUGAUAGGGAUCAAGGCUAUGGGAGGCAUUGGGAAGACAACAUUGGCUAGAUCUAUAUUUAAUAAAGUGUCUUCCCUUUUUGAAGGUAGUUGCUUUCCUAAUGAUGUAAGGGAAGUUUCAAAAAAGAAGGGUUUGCGGUCAUUGCAAAAACGAGUCCUUUCAGAUGUCCUGAACAUUGAACACAGAGGAAGUGUUUUAGAUGGGGAAAAAUCAUGAGAAUGAGGCUAUGCUAUAUAAAGGUUCUUCUUGUUCUAGACGAUGUGGAUAAUCCAAAGCAGCUUGAGGUGUUAGCUGGUGAUUGGUUUAAGGACAGAAGUAGAAUCAUCAUUAAAACAAGAGACGAGAAAGUGAUGCUAGCACAUGGAUUGAAUGCGAAGUGGAUUCAUGAUGUCGAUUUCUUGUCGGAUGAGGAAGCAAUGAGGCUGUUUAGUAGG